AAAGCUUUGAGUGGAGGUCACAUGUUUUCUGUCUUGAGUGGAGCUCCGGUCAGCAGCUAGACGCUUCUCGCUACUGGAGAGGGGUAGAGGGAUCGUCCAGCUGUCACCUUGGUAACAUUUAGGGUCUGAUGUUGGGAACUUUUCGAGGUGCCCUCAGAAUUCCUCUUAUUAUUCUCCAAUCAUUGUCUAGGAAAGGUUUUUCCAAUUUUCCACCUCUAAGAAUGAGGCUGGUUCAGUUCAAGAGUUCAGUGGCCCCUGGUCUGAGGAUAGGGCUGGAAAUGGAGGCAGGAGGAAGUGUCAUUGACCUAAAUGCCUUUGACCCAUCCCUUCCCUGUGGAAUGAGGGAGUUCCUUGAGGCUGGAGACACUGCUUUACAGACAGCUAAAAGGGCUCUUACCUCUGGUCAACACACACUGAAGCGCUCCCAGAUCUCUAUCUUGGCGCCUAUCUCCAACCCUGAGAAGGUUAUCUGUAUUGGAAUGAACUAUGUGGAUCACUGUCUAGAACAGAAUGUGCCUGUCCCUAAAGAACCCAUCAUUUUCAGCAAAUUCCCCAGCUCCAUUGUUGGUCCAACAGACCCUAUUAUCCUUCCACCUGAGAGCAAGGAAGUGGACUGGGAAGCUGAGUUGGCCUUUGUAAUUGGGAAGAAAGGGAAAGACAUUAAGGAGGAAGAUGCUAUGGAUUAUGUGGUUGGUUUCACUGUUGCUCAUGAUGUGAGUGCUCGGGACUGGCAAAUGAAGAAGAAUGGGAAGCAGUGGCUUCUGGGUAAAACAUUUGACACGUUCUGUCCAAUUGGGCCAGCUCUGGUUACUAAGGACUCUAUCUCAGACCCCCACAAUCUUGGAAUCCGUUGUCGUGUGAAUGGGGAACUUGUCCAGGACAGUAACACAAAGCAGAUGGUCUUCAAGACUGAAGCUCUCAUUGCUUGGGUCUCCAAGUUUGUUACUUUGAACCCAGGUGAUAUUUUCCUUACUGGAACACCCCCAGGAGUUGGUGUGUUCAGAAAACCACCCAUCUUCCUCAAGGCAGGAGAUGUGGUUCAGUGUGAAAUUGAUGAGCUGGGAGUCAUCACAAAUCCUGUGGUUUGAACAUGUUUAGGUGAUAACAAAGGAUCAGACACUGAAUUGCCUUAAGCUUUUGUUUAUUAACCAUAGAUUCAGAUAAGGAACAUUUCCUUAGUAUGAUUACGCUAUAUAUCUGCUCUAUGAAAACACGGACAAACAACAACAACCAAAAAAAACUAUUUUAUAUGAACAAAAUCAACUGUGCUUUGAAGGCAAAUCACAAAAUCUAUUGCAAUUUUUAAUUAAGGUGCUAAAAAAAUAACAAUGGUGAAAAGGUCAUCUGAUUCCGCUUAAUAAACCUGAAAAUCAGAAGGGAUUCUACAGAAAAACUCAGCAGUCUAUAAAAAAAAUAUACUGUAGAUUGUUCAUUUUUAUAAGAUUAUAAAUGGAUGAUUUUUCAUAUAUGUCCAUCGUUUUUAAUUUAUAAAUUGCUGGAUGAAUCGUAAAAGCUUCAGGCAGUUUUCUUUUUGCAGAAAUGUCUCUGAAAUUUGCAGCAUCAUUCCAUGACUAUUAGGGUAAUGCUCAAAUACCUACAAAUGAAAAAGAGAAAAAAACAAAACAAUGGACAUGUUAAAAAAAACAAAGGAACAUUGUACUAUAAGGUUUUCUCAUGUUUAACUCGUUCUUAAUGAUCCAUUUUGACUGCUGGAGUGUUUUGAAAUUUUCACAAAUAGCUCCUUAAAAAAGGGGUCAUUAAACACUUUGAGAUGGUAAUAUAAAUAGUAUAUACAAAAAAACUCUGCAAUAAAAAACUCCAGUCUAAAA